AGUCAGCAACCAUCGAUCGCCGUGGCUGUACUUUCAAUUUAGCUACCUCCGCAUUCAAACGAGAUCGAGAGUGUUUGGUGUGUGGAAUUUUGCCAUAUAGUGAAGAAUCUUUUUUAAAUCUUCUUUUCAUUAAGAUCACUUCCUCGGAGGAUCAGUGCGAAGAUCAAGAGCUCCUUUUACGAUUACUCCUCCAUAUAUUAAAAUUUGUGUGCAAUCACCUGUAUAUACGGUUGUGCUUCCAAAGUGUCUUAAAUUUUCUUUGAGACAAGUUUUGCUGUGAUUCACGUGAAGGAAUCAUCCACUACCUCCCGUGCAUGGUGACAAGUGCGGGAUAAUUGAGAUGCUCUGUGGAACAGUAUUUGCCCCUAAAAAUUUUUCGAGAGCGUCGCGUGAAGGUGAGAAUCGUGAAACAAUGAAAGUGUAAACGGCGCCUUAUUUGUGGCCCCACUUUGAGAGACAAGAAUUUUCAAGAGUUCAGUGCGACGGACUUUCGAGACACGCGGAGGAUCUUAUGCGUGUAGCAAUGUACAAAUUUCUGUGGCUCUUUGUGAUAAUCAAAUUAGUGGGUUCAGAGGCCCCAUAUCCCCAUAACCAUCAUCAUCAGCAGUACGUCCCAUACCAGCAACAGCGUCCACAGCUACAGUGUGGCCUAUAUGGUGCUCCACCGUGUGAAUAUGUGCCAGCACCACCUGGAAAUACUCCCACCUGCGCUGGACCUGGGAAGACCUACUGUGAGCAUGUAGAUCACUAUCCUGUUCAAGUCAUAAAAACGUUAAUUGACAAAUGGGGCUACGAUGUUCAACCCCAUAUCGUAGACGAAACAGGGGAUGAAUUUCAUGAUCGCAAAGUCACCCCUCAUCCCACAUAUGGACCCCCAUCGCCGACAUAUGGACCCCCAGCCCCAACUUAUGGGGUACCAGGAGUUCCUGCAACUCCUCCCGUCCCAGCUUCGUACCAACCCCCUCCACCACCACCAUCUGACACCUCAACUCCAGCUCCUGUCUUCAGUAGCAACCUCAUAGGUCCAGCAAACAAUAAUUUUGCAUCAUUUGCACGUGGAAACGCCGCCCCUGCUGGUGGGUACACCAACAACGGUGGCUACAGCUACAACCCACCCAGGACAUCUUUUGUUGCCAAUAAACCUCAACAGGAGUUUUUUACACCACAAACAGGUGUCACGGCCCCUAAUGCACUUGGCACAGGAAUUGGGAAGAAUGGCAAUGGAAUCAAUGGAAAUGGGUUCAAUGGACAACCAAUCAAUGUGGUCUUUACUGAAGCCCUACGAGCACCUCCACAGGACAACAACUUCAUCUCACCCCGAGCAGUCAAUCAGCCGCAGAUUCCAUUUAACCCGCAGCAACAGCUACAACCACCCUUUACACCCCCACUAAAUACUGCCAACCCCACGCAGGUUUCUCCCUCUCAGACUACCUUCAAAAAUCCCCCACCACAGGGCAAUCAGAAUAACUUCCCGGUUAACCAGAAUAACUUCCCGACAAAUCAGAAUAACUAUCAGAACCUCAACUAUUUCCCCCUAAACUUCAAUCAACCCGGAGGAGAUACCAGGUUACAGCAGCAACAGCAACCGCCGCAGACACACUACAAUCCAGCAGAUUGGUUCAGACGCUAUGGGCGUAGUGUCUCGGAAGCGGAAGUGAAACCAACGGUAACGGAUAUAGUCAAGCAGGAAAUUAGGAGCUUUAACGAAAGCCUCGUGAGGGUGAAGAGGGAAUCCCUGGAGAGUCUACUUCUGGAUGAAAGUAAACUCCCCGAAAAUGCAGGACUUAGAAAUAAAAGGCAAGCUUUUGAUCAGGAUGCUCUAUGUCAAGUUCGGACGCAAUUCAUUCAACCUCAGGCAGCACUUAACAGCAAAGGAAAUUGGAUGUUUGUGGUGAAUCAAGUGGAAACAGCAAGGCAGCUCGUAAAAACAGAAACAUGCGCCUCAACUGUUUGCUCCAACAUCUGCCAAAUCCCACCUGGCUACAAUUCCCGUUGCGAACAAAAGUACGUACAGAAGCGCCUUGUGGCCCUCGAUGCUAAUGGACAGAGACUGUAUACGGACACCUUCUGGUUCCCUUCAUGCUGCGUCUGCACAAUUUCCCAGAACUGAAAAUCCGUCGCGUGGAAUUUUUCAUUCCGAUUUCAACGAAUUUAUUUUGGAUUUAAAUUAAAUAAAAAAAUUAGAGAAGAAGCAGCAGAAGAACGUUGAACUGAGCGCGUAAUUGCACGAGAAAAAGAACCCCAUAGAGAGCUAAAAUGAUCUGCAAGUUAUAUACUGCCAAGUGUAGAAGCAACAACUAAUUUAAAUUUCACUGUGUAAGAUAUUUUUUAAGAGUGGUACAUAAAACGAAACAAUCAUUACACAUUAGAGAUCUGUAGUAGAGCUUUGUAGGUGAGAAAAAGCUUUUUUUUUAAAAAAAAUGAGAUUAUGUUGUAUAAAAAUGUGAAUGUAAAUGAAUAGAUGUUGUCUGUUUUGAGAAAAA